GAGAGAGAGAGGGGAAGAUUCUCUUUAGAGAGCGAGACGGAAGAUGAAUAAUGGGUGAGUUUUAAGAGAGAGAGGGGGGAUUGUCGUUAGAGAGAGCGAAAGAGGGGUGCGCGCACGAGCUGCUGAGUGGUGCUGCUGUCGUUUACGUGUAGCUUUACUCUGCGUGCGUGCGUGCGUGCGUGCGUGCCAUUUUCACCAGACAAACGAUCAUGCCGAGACCCCUGCCUUUCAAAAUGCCUGAUUAGGAUAAAUAGCCAUUAAAAAUUGCCAUUGAAAAACCUGUAAAUCCCGACUGUUUUCGUAUGGCCAACCUCCUUUACACGCAAUAUGCUGGGCUGCAAUUCCACAACCUCCAAAAACCCAAAUUGGUGCGGGAGAAAACCAGUCGUUACCUCACUCUCUCUCCUCUCAUGGCUGUUUCUUCUCCAUCUUCCAAAACUGUAAUAGACUGGAAGGAGGCUACCUCCCAUUUGUUUUCUGAUGACAUGAGGCCCAUCAUGUUAUUUGAUGGUGUAUGCAACUUAUGCAAUGGUGGUGUGAGGUUCGUUCGUGAAUUUGAUCGCAGCGGGAAAAUGAGGUUUGAAGCACUCCAGAGUGAAUCUGGAAGGAAACUACUGCAAAGAUCUGGAAGAACCCCAGAUGAUAUUUCCAGUGUGGUACUUGUUGAGAAAGAUAGAUCAUACAUCAAAUCAGAGGCAGUACUAAGGAUAAUGGAAUAUAUGGAUGUUCCCUUCCCUCAGAUGGCGCUGUUCUUACAAUUAAUGCCUCUGUUCAUGAGAGAUGCAGUGUAUGACAACAUAGCAAAUAAUCGUUAUACAAUCUUUGGUCAAUCUGACUCAUGCGAAAUAUAGUGCAUUGGGUCUUCUUCAUCUCAUUUAACAGCCAUAUAUUACUUAUGUACAUGUUUUGUAGAUUGGUAAUGCAAAGUGAUGUCAUUUUUUUUCUUCUCAUUAAUAAAUCUCUUCAUUGAUUUCGACGACAUAUAAACCACGUUACAUAUGGACAAGGAGAGAAGAAAAAUGU